AAACUAUAGAAUAAAUUAAAGUCAAUAGGCUCGCCUUUGUUUACACGACGUUUUCCUUAAGAGGUUCGUCGUUGGAGUGUGCCAUCCUCUCAGCGGAUCUGUGAGCCGAAGCCGGUCCUAAAUGAGAGAGAUGUCGGACAAGAACAAAACGUCGUCGGGGAGCGGGACGAAGCCCGUGCCGAUGAAACUGUUCGCGACGUGGGAAGUGGACAGGACGCCAUCCAACUGCAUCCCCCGGCUUUGCUCCCUCACACUCACGAGGCUCGUUUUGCUCAAGUCACUCGGCGCUGACGUCAAUUCGAUAUCAAUCGCCGUCAAAAUGCAAGGCUCGAAACGCACACUCAGGUCGAACGAAGUCGCCCUCCCGGCCAACGCACUUCUCGACACAGAGCUCCAGCUCAACUUCUCCCUGCAGUACCCUCAUAUUUUGAAAAGGGAAGGCAACAAACUCCACAUAAUGAUUCAGAGAAGGAAAAGGUACAAGAACCGUACCAUCCUCGGAUACAAGACUCUGGCCAUCGGCUUAGUCAACAUGUGCCAGGUGUUGCAGAGGCAGUUGGAUCUUGAGUUGGACCUUCUGUCUGAUUUGAAAGAAUCCAAGGGUCACAGCUGUGUCCUUGCCAGGGUCAGCGUCAGUGCUUUGAACAGUCAGCCAGUAGAUUAUGAAUUGACGACAAAAACUCCUCACGGACGAUUGGGCAGAUUGGGUGAAUUUUCUGAUGAGGACGAGGAAUUCAGUUCAAAUGAUGAAGGGUCGGAUUCGGAGCCAAUGCUCGAAGAGAGGAGGAGGAAGAGCAGUAUGCCCCAAAGCACAGCAAGACAGAGGAAUUUCAAACAGAAAUUUAUUUCACUGUUGAAGAAAUUUCGUGCAAAUGAGGAUCUACAUGGACUUGGUACAGAUCGCGAGGUUAUGUCCAGCAAACUUUCACAAGGGGAUAUGGACCCUGCGGAAAUUGAAGAUCUAUUUGAAGAGCUAGACCUGAGCGACUCUGGCCCAGAACAGGACACAAUCAGCAUAUCGUCAAAUCCUAAACCUUCUCUCAGACCUUUUUUCUCAUCUAGUCGUUCACUUCUUCAAGACUCCAUUCAAGGUUCAGACAUGAAAGAUGACUACUUAAGAAGAGCAGAUGGGAUUUUGGGCCCAGGUACCAGUUCUCCUCCAAAGAACGAAAAGUCAAAAAAAGAAAUAUCAGAAGGGGAAAAAGAAAAAAAGAAAAAAAAGAGCGAUUUUUUGGCCCCAAAAAAUAGUUUGCUUAAAGAAGGCUGAGAUAAACUUAAAUCUUUGACUAAACAACAGCAUAUAACAAUUUGAUGGUAUACAUAUAUUUUUUACUUAAAUCAUAUUUAUAUGUGAUCCCCCUUGUACUGAUAAAAAUUUAUA